AUGGAAGCAAAUUGGACUAUCCCAUUAAUUGUCAUUAACACAUUCACUACACAGCCUGUGCAGGACAAGGUGGAGGAGGAGGAGGAGGAGGCGACGGCGGCGGCGGCGGCGGAAGUGAAGGGGGCAGGGAGAUUCGAUCACUCCACUACCACGCACACACACUUGACAAAAAUAGUGAUGCCACGUGGAUGUCCCAAUGAUUGCAGCAAUCGAGGCAUUUGUUCUCAGGGUGUUUGUGAUUGUCUCAAUGGACUAACUGGAAAGGAUUGCUCUUCUGUGGAAGAUGUGCCAAUCUGUAGUGGACAUGGUGAAUAUCGUCAGGGUAGAUGUCAUUGCUACUCCGAGUGGAAGGGGCCUGAAUGCGAGACUUUGUGGUCUGAAUGUCCAGAUCCCACGUGUUCAGGUCAUGGACGCUGUGUUACUGGGGAGUGUCUUUGCUUUGACGGAUUUGGAGGUGAUGCUUGUCAAUUUCGCACCUGUUCUUCGCAUAAUUGCAGUGGAAAUGGAAUUUGUGUGGAUGGGGUGUGUCGAUGCUUCGCCGGUUGGAGUGGAAGUGCCUGUGAUCGUCGUGACACCUCAGAUCUCACCAUUGGUGGCAUUGACUUUACUAAUCAAAUUCAGCAAAAAGACUCCACUGGUAGUGCCUCCACACCGGAUUUGGCUUGCUCCUUCAAUGGAUUUCGAGACACCUCCAGUGGUCAUUGUCGAUGUUUUCCGGGCUUUGAGGGUGCUGCUUGUGAGAAAGGUAAUCCCAUCUGA